UUACAACCGUGGCAACUUUGCUUCUUGUGCUUUUCAAAAUAAAAUUACAUUUUUACAUCGCUGCGUUAAAUAUGGCGUGGAAUGUGCUUUUAUUUUGAAACGUGACUGCGAUUAUUUCCGCAUUUCAUUUGAUUAGUAACGUUUGACUUAACGGAUUGUUUCAGAGCAGGCUCCAGGGAACCAGCCGGAGUUAGCGACGUUAGCUUAGCCAAAUUAGCCUUCCGGCAAGUCAUCUUGAGGCUGUCGGUCUGCCAGCAUGCUAAUAGCCUUUUAACCACCGCGACACACUGCGGUACGUCUGCUGUCUCUAGGAGGUCCACCUCGAGCGGAACUCCUUCCCGAGUGGAGCCAUGCGGCAGUGGUGUGUCCCCGCUGCGACCCGAAGCACGGAGCGCCUGUCCGUGUCGCCCCCUCCAUCAGAUGUCACAAUGGAGUGCUGCGGGGUGGAGCCACGCUACACCAUCGAGCAAAUCGACCUCCUUCAGCGUCUGCGCCUCUCUGGCAUGACCAAACCGCAGAUCGUCCACGCUUUAGAGUCUCUGGAGAGGCUCGACCCGGAUCGCCGUCCGCCUCACUGUGACUCCCACCCGACCCCUUCCAGUAACAACAACCGCAACAACACACACGCCACCACGUCCGGCCCGACGCCGGCUGCCCCGGCGCCGUCCUCUUCGUCGUCCACCUCAUCUCUCUCCCUCGCCUCGGCCACCACGCAGACCUCCGGGCUGGACGGCGCGGCGCUGUCCCCCAGCAACAGCUUUGAAGCCUCGCCUCCUCCCCUGUACCCCACCAGCGUGGCCGUACAGCGCUCGUUCAGCUACGACAUUGUCGGGGAGGAGGAGUGGGACCUGGAGGAGAAGGUGGAGGAAUACAUGAGGAGGGAUAGUAACCUGGUGAAAGAGGAGAUCAAAACCUUCCUCAACAACCGCAGGAUCUCUCAGGCAAUUGUGGGACAAGUUACAGGCAUCAGUCAGAGUUACAUUUCGCAGUGGUUGCUGCAGCAGGGUCUGGAGAUGAGCGACUCCAAACGCAGAGCUUUCUACCGCUGGUACCUGCUGGAGAGAAAUAACCCAGGGCUGAGGUGGAGUGAAAGCCAGUACAGCGCGAGUCCCAGGGCCAGGGGAGGGGACAGAGACGGGCUGGCGGCGGGGGCGAGCGGCUGCCUUCCCAACCCCAACACCAACCUCAACCCCAACUCCAACCCCACGUGGAGCAGGCAGAGAGAGCUGUUGAUGCACUUGCUGCCGUGGUACACUGCCGCCGCCACCCCAGCCCAGCCAGGCGCAACUUUAUCCAUGCGGUCAAUGGUGAAGGAAGAACCGGACUGGCGGACGGGGAUCAUGGCCGACAGACCGGCGAUUGUUGGGGCACCCCUGAGGCUGCGUCGAGGAAGCCGCUUUACCUGGAGGAAGGAGUGCCAGUCCAUCAUGGAGAGUUUCUUUGUGGAGAAUCAGUACCCCGACGAGGCGAAGCGGGAAGAGAUCGCCAACGCCUGCAACUCGGUCAUCCAGAAACCAGGUUGCAAGCUGUCUGAGUUUGAACGUGUGACGGCGUUAAAGGUGUACAACUGGUUCGCUAACCGCCGUAAGGAGAUGAAGCGGAGAGCGAAUAUCGAAGCCGCCAUUUUGGAAAGCCACGGCAUUGAGGUCCCGAGUCCCAGCUGCCACUCCAACGGCGAAGAAGGGGAGAUGCAAGAGUUCGCCGAUCAGGUCAAUCAACGUUUCUCAGAGCAGGAGGAUGCAUCCACCCAGAGGAUGGUGGAACAACAAGACCCCUCUGUGAGGGCCACCCCUGAGGCCCUCCCCAGCCCAGCCAUACAGGUGGUGGAACAGAAAGAAAAGGAUCCAAAAAGGGAAACUGUGGAUGAGGAGUGAACAAAAGCUGGUGAAGUCGUUUGAAUUUUAAUCAAAAUACUUUUAAAAAAAAAAAAAGAAAAAAGGGUCUGCUUCCUCCUCGGGUGGCUGACGACACCGUUGGAUUCUGAAGCUCACUCAAGGGUGCCUCUGAAAAGAAAGAGGCUGCCAUAUUUAUCGAAAGUUAUCCUGCUUAUGUUAAAAGCAAUAUACAGUACAUAUAUAAAUAUAUCCAUAAACAUAUAUAUCAAUGUGUAGUGCAUUCCAACGUGGUAUUAACAAGCCUAAAUUCCUUAGAAUUACCUAAAGAAUACCUCACCCAUUUUAAUCUUUUCUGUUUUUUUUAUAUUUUCUUCGCCUCAUGUUUUAUUUUUAACGCUGAGUGCUGAAGUGCCUGCAGGUCAGGUCAGAGAGAUGUUUUCAAAGAUCUCGUCUGAAUGAAUGUGUUUUUCUUAUUUUUUAUUUUUAUUUUCCUUUCUCUGGUGCUGACAUCCAACCUCUAAGAAUCGAUUGAUCAAAUCAUUCGGCCAAUGUUGGAGUUUGCAAAGCCCUGAGGGACACCUGGAAUCUCAGGAAAUCCAACAAUGGUGGAUCAAGACAGUGAAGAAGUGCACCAGAUGUGCGUGUAUGUAUGUAUGUAUGGUGUGUGUGUCUGUGCCUGUACGCUUCAAGAGAUUUUCUUCAUAAUAUCCACGCUCACUCCAAACAGGAUUUUCUAUUUAUACAUUUUUUCUUUUUUAUUAGAAGAACAAAGCGAGGACUAUCCAUCAUUUCUUUGUUCAACUCGAUGCUGCUCUUGUUGCUCCCCCCUCAUCUAACCUCAUUUUCCAAGCCUGUAAAGCUUCUUUCCAGCAAAACAAACGUCAAUGUGAUUGAAAAUCACAACGCAGUCUUCUUCCCUCUUUAUUGGAAUAAGCUAAAAGCUUUUGCUUGCGUACUGCACUUCAAAAGUGGAUCUCACUCUAAUAGUAAUAAUAACGCUUGUGUACAUAAUAACCCAGAGGAUAAUCGCGUUUGUGGGUGCUUUUUUUCAAACUAAUGACAUUAUCUGAAAUAUACUGUAGAGUUGUCAAACUUGAAACAUGACUAGCAGACUUCAACUGUGCCGGACUCGCUCCCGAAUUGUUCAUAAAAUGGACAAAUGUGCUUGUUCUAUACCGUGUUUCCCCAAAUAGUGGGCGUCCCUAUGCGUGGUCCACUUUAAGACAAAUUGAAACCCCUCCCUCAAAUAAAAGCCUGCCUUUUCCAAUCGGGGGGGGGAAAAAAACGGUCGUAACUGUAAUUACCUCAGAUCUUACACAGACAUAAGAGUUAACUCCUUCACUAACAAAACCGCAGCAUCUACCAAGGUAAACAGUCUUUCAGCUGAAGAAGGAAAUUCUAUAUAUUUUUUUUUUUACCGUAUUUCCUCAAAUAGUGGUCGUCCCUCAAAUAAGCACUGUGCCCCAAUUAGUAACCAGUGUCUUAUCCACAAGUCAAUGCCUGCCUCAAAUAGAUGCCAUCUUUUUCCCAUGAGGGAGAAAAAAGGGUCAUAACUGUAAUUACCUCAGUUCACAAAAGCUUUUGUUCACACAAGGCGUCUUAUAGAGUUCCCUUCGCAGUAUUAAAGACGAUUAGUGUUCUAGUAGGCGCUGAGAUGUGGUCUCUCACAAUUAUGUGCGUCCAUCUUUAUGUUCCAGUAAGCUAUGGGACUGUAGUUACGCAGUCUGCCUCUUGUUUAGCUUGAUACUAAUACAGUGAUGCCUUGAGAUACGAGCGACCCUACUUGAGUUUUUCGAGAUACAAGCUGUCAUUCGGAUGAGUUUUUUUUGCUUUGACUUGCAAGCGCAAACUUUAGAUACAACUGCUCUUUUGUGGCAGUAAACUCAAUUCAAAUCGCUUCACAAUAUACAGGAGUUUAGCAAGUGAGCAAUUCAUUCAAAUUAGUGAACAAUUCGUCCAAAAAGCAGUAUUAAAUGUAUUAAACUCGUAUCUCAAGACACCACUGCAAUAGCAAACCGAUAAUGCAUAUUAUUACAAAACUGUGUACUCGUUCCCCUAAUAAACGCAUCCCUCGCACCUGCAGUUGAGGAGCCACUAUUUGCGGGACUGUGGCCAAUGUUUCUGAGAUCGUGUUACCUCCUGAUGCCAAAGGUAUGGAUGGUAGUCGAGGUGAUGUUCAGUGCAACACUAGCCAACACUCUUUUAGAGGAAUCCAUGUGUUACAAGCCAAUGGCGACCAUUGUUGUGACUGUUCAUGAUACAGUGUCUUGUAGCAUUUAUGUCAGUGGAGGGGUGGUCCGCCCUCCAAAUGAAACCCUCCAAACCUGAAUAUUGUUAUUAUGCUCCUUGCUAUCUGCUUUUAUCUGAGAGCAAGCAACAAUAAAAGUAUUGUUAACGAUGGAUGUACUAUGUCCUGUUUAUUGUCUGUUGAUGGUUAAUAUACCACCUUAUAUCAUAGCAGUCCCGGGAUACCAUGGUCCUGAGGGACUGUGAACAAAA